AUGGGCCUUUUUGAUCGCCGGAAUCCCCGCGGCGAACAAUCAAUCUUGCCUCUGCAUAAUGGUCCGAAACGGGUGCCUAGUGAGCAUCAGCUUAGCACGCUAAAUCCUCGACCUGAUGACGCCUCAUCAGCGGAUGGGGGUUUGCCCAAGGCUUGGCAGGAUCAGGACGAUGAACCGUCAACAUCUCGCGGGUUAUCACCAAUCUCAUCACGCAACACCGCUAGUAUGGCCAUGUCAGCGUUCAAUACGAAGCCGCAGCCCAUGUUUGCUGGUCCACCACCGCCGAUAUCAGCGUCGAUGUUGAUAAUGAAGGACCCAAUCCGGGUAGACCCUGCUGCUGGUCGCCCAGUCCGAUACAGAAAUACACCGCACAGUCUCCUCGGAGGGAGUCCUACUGAAGCUAACAGCCUACUCCUUGAGCAUAGGCGUCAAGAAAUUGAACAAAACUCUGAUACGGUCUGGCGAGGCCUCGUUAGCCAAGACAAGGCCCUGGAGAGAGAAGCCCAGGUAUUGCUUGAUCAGCAGGCUAUCGCCUUAGUAGCCGGGUCUAGCAUCGAGGAUGAUGCCUCUAGCACAGGCAGUAGUACGCCCACUGGCCCUUUAUUCUCGACCCCGGGUUACCAACAAAGAGCCGGCCUCUCUCUCUACAUUACCCCAAGGACAACUCGCGAUGGCAAUGUGGUUCCUACCCGACAACCGGCAAACGACCGGCCUCAGGGAUUGAAGACCACCAGAGAAAGCAUGCGAAAGCUAAUAGCGUCUAUGGCGAGUCUAAAGCAUGACCAGAGUGCGUACAUAGAAGACGCCUUGGAUAAACGAAUAGACGCUCUCAAGAACCUACACAAGUUCAGUAUUAAAAGAGCCAGAUUGGAAGCAGAAAUACGAAGCUUGGCGGAAAAUAGCGAUGAACCGCUGGCGAGGGAAUUCAAGGUAAUUGACACGGAGCAUCAUGUCUUGGGCGAAGAAAUUCAGCUUCUCGAGGCGAAGUUAUCACGCAUGCGAAGCAGACACCACCUUCUGAAGGAGAGGAUGGAUGACAUCAAGAAUAAACGGGAGGCAGGACUGAGUGGGUACUACGGCGCUCUAAACGAGCUGACCGCCGAAGCGGUAGCAUAUACACGGCAUCCUACGAUUCAACCACUGGAUCCGGAUCUAUUGGGCGGGAGCGCGGCUGAAGGAGGCCCAACUACUUCAGGAGGCGCAGAGUUCAUGCAACUCAUCCCCGAGAGACGAACGCCGCGGCUGGCAGCUUUGUGGUGGCAAGCAGAGGUCGAGAUAUUGAAACGCCGCAAAGAAAGUACGGAAAAACACCAUCGAGCACUGGAAGAAGGGGGUCAAAUCUGGGACAACGUCGCGCAGCUCGUUUCGAAAUUCGAAUCAGAUUUACGACAAGCCAUGGAAAACGGUACGCCAACUCCUUCGGUCAAAGGGAAAGAAAAGGCGUCAUCUGUGGAAGAUGUUAUAUCGGAUCAACUCUUGCGGAUGAGCGAAGUUCUCGGCGAGUUGCGGGAAUAUAUGCAACAGGCUGAACAAAAUAACUGGACUCUUUUGAUAUGCGCUAUUGGCGCAGAACUGGAGGCUUUUGAAAACGGGUAUAAAGCCCUCGAAAGCAUGGCCAAUUCUCCCAAGGCGCCACCACCUCCCAGUGACGACGAGGAUGCAUCCACAGACGUAGAACUAAGUGGCCCGUCUACGCAGCAAGAUAGCCACCCGCCUGACGAAGAAAGCGACAAUGAAGUGCCCCCAGAUCUAUUUGGUGGCCCUCAGCCUGAUCAUGACCAAGACGAAGAUGGCGAGCAUAAUACUGCCGACAACACUGACGGAGGGACGCUGCGUAGGUACGACAGCGAGAAUGAAGUGCCGCCUGAAUUUCUGGUAGAGCAUGUGUAAAAUUACAGUGCCUAUCGCCCUGUUUGCCGAUAUUCGUACUCAGGGCUUUCGUUCUCUUCUUCAGCUUGCUUUGCUUUUACUCUGUUUUGGCGUGGCUUUGGAGGGAAGUGGCAAUUAUACCCGAGACAGUUUGAUGAUUACAAUGUAUAGCGUUUUAAUCUUGGUAGCAGCGAAUGAAUGAAUUAGCUUGAGCGAUCAAUAAUACUCUUCUUCGU